AUGGGGACCAGCCGGAAAGGGGACGCCAGCGGGCCCGCCCCGGCAGCCUCCCGCUUCCGGCCUGGAGCUUGGGCCACGCCCCCUCCUUCCGCACGCAGGCGCAGCAAUGCCCACGCUUGGCCCCACCCCUUGCCCGCGCUGUCACUCAGGCCGCCCCGCCCACCUGUGCUGACACUGCUUUUGGCGGCUGGAACGGGCUCCCGCGGGGUGGUUGAGGGGAUCUGUAAUAUACCCCUUGGCAGGGAGGACCCCACUGAGAGCUCAACCUCCUUCUGUGGGAAGGAUAGGGGACACACCAUAUGUUACCUCUCUGCCCUCACAUCUUCCAUCCCAGGCCCAGUUGGAGGGCCCUUUGGGGGUAAGCAAAUGGACAGAGAAGUGGGAGAUGAGGGCUUGGGAGGAGGUGUGGUGUGGAGGUCUGGGGAGCCACAGAGGCCCACUGGACAGAGAGUUGGGGGGCUGUCUAUGACCUCAGUUUCUCACCCCUUCCAGUCCCAGGUAGAGGAACCAGUUGGCCGCCUGCCACUGGAGCCAUCACCUGGGCCAGACAUGAGGUGCUGGUGGCAGAUUUUUGUCCUGUGCAUCUUCUGGAUGCUCCUCUUGUGGCUGAUGGCCCCCUGCCUGGAUCUGAAGACUGAUUCAACACCCCAGAAAAAAUGGAUGGACGUGGCACCACGGCGUUGCAGCUGCCCUUGGUUCAAAUUCAGGCAAUGUGGCAGCCCGUCCGGGAGUCUCAACCACUCUGUCUGCCACCACACGGCUGGAGAGCGCUGGUUUGAUGCAGGCUAUGAGAAGAUGAGGGGGUCCCUGAUGGGAGCAGCAGAGUCCAUGCACCCCGGUGCUGUGCUCUGGUGGUCGGACCUGAAUGCAGCAAGUGAGCUGGGCAGAGUGUGGAAGAAGCUGCUCAAGGUGAUUCCCCGACCCUCAAUGAGCCAUUUUGAUCUCUUCUGUGGGACUUGUGCCCUGAUGGGGAAUUCGAAGAUCCUGCAGGCUGCCAGUCUCAGCAACAACGUCAACCAACCCAGCAUGGUCUCCAGGAUGAACCAGGUCCCUGUUCAGGGCAUUGAGCUGCUGGGGAACCAAACCACGAGAUGCUCCGUCUCCCACAGGAAUGCCAGGGGCCAGGGUUCUUGGAGGCAGGUGCUGCUGCUUCUCCUGCAGCUCUUUGAUCUCGCAUGGACUUCAGAUGCUCUGAGUGAGGAGAUGGUGGUCUGGGAACCCAGACAUUCUUAGUAUGACAGGUAAGGGGAGGGUACUGCAGUGGAUGACAGAGGGGCCU